AAAUAAAAAGCUUAAAAAUUCGAAGCAGUUCAACCAAUCCUACUUCUUCUUCUUCUUCUUCUUCUUCUUGAGAAGUUUAUUUUACCCCAAAGUUGGUCUUUUUCUUUCUUAAUUAAUGGUGCAGCUGUUUUUGUCCAUUCAAGUUUCAGAUUUGACCAGCUGGGUCGAGAAUUUCGCGUCUCCUCGAUCAUAAAUUAAAGUUGAAUUCAAAGUAACUUUUGAUUGCGCCAAAGAGAUCUCUUUUAUAAACAUGUUGAGCAGAUGAAGGUUAGUUUCAUGAGAUGGGUUGUGUAUUGGGUCGACCCGGAUCAUCGGGAUCAGUUUCUGGGUCUAGAGACGAAGUUAGUACAAGGAUUGAGUCUAAUCGACAACAAGUUAACAAUGUGUCUGUGACCAAAACUGAGGCACCAGAGAGCACUAGUGUUGUUGUUGUUGCUUCUGCUUCUAAUGGUGAGGCGGUUAGGAAUCAUGAAGCUGUUGUGGAUCAGAAGGAAGAGAAUGGCUUAGCUGUGACAGAGGCCAAAGAGAGGAAAUCUAAAGGGGAAAGAAAAAGGUCUAAGCCUGACCCUAGACGAAGCAACCCACCAAAGAAUUUGCUCGGCGAGCAAGUUGCAGCUGGAUGGCCAUCAUGGCUGUCUGAAGUCUGCGGAGAAGCUCUAAGUGGAUGGCUUCCACGGAAAGCGGAUUCUUUUGAGAAGAUUGAGAAGAUUGGAUCAGGAACGUAUAGUAAUGUGUACAAGGCGAAAGAUUUGUUGACAGGAAACAUUGUGGCAUUAAAGAAAGUGCGUUGUGAUGUUAAUGAACGCGAGAGCUUGAGAUUUAUGGCUAGGGAGAUUCUGAUUUUGAGGAGGUUGGAUCAUCCCAAUGUCAUUAAAUUAGAAGGCUUGGUUACUUCGAGGAUGUCGAGUAGUUUAUACUUGGUGUUCCGUUAUAUGCAUCAUGAUUUAGCUGGUCUUGCUGCAAGUCCGGACAUUAAAUUCACCGAGCAACAGGUUAAAUGCUAUAUGAAGCAACUACUCUCGGGGCUCGAGCAUUGCCAUAGCCGAGGAGUUCUUCACCGUGAUAUUAAAGGAUCAAACCUACUUAUAGAUGAUGGAGGAGUUCUUAGAAUAGGCGAUUUCGGGCUUGCAACAUUUUUUGAUGCGAGUAAGAGGCAACAUAUGACGAAUCGGGUUGUUACUUUAUGGUACAGAGCACCAGAGCUUCUUCAUGGUGUUAUUGAGUACAGCGUCGGUAUUGAUUUAUGGAGCGCAGGUUGCAUUUUAGCUGAGUUAUUAGCUGGUAGACCGAUAAUGCCAGGUCGUAAUGAGGUUGAGCAGUUGCAUAGGAUAUAUAAGUUAUGCGGAUCGCCUUCGGAAGAGUACUGGAAGAAGAUUAGGCUUCCUUCUACUCAUAAGCAUGCUCAUCACAAACCUUUACCACAGUAUAAGAGAAAAUUAAGAGAGGUUUACAAAGAUUUCUCUCCUGAGGCGCUUUCUCUUCUCGAUACGCUUCUAGCGCUCGAUCCAGCUGAGCGCCAGACAGCUACAGAUGCGUUGAUGAGUGAUCUCUUCACGACGGAGCCAUUGGCAUGUCAACCUUCUGAUCUCCCGAAAUAUCCUCCAACUAAAGAGAUUGAUGCCAAGAGACGAGACGAAGAGUAUAGGAGACAAAGAGAAGCCCGUAAGGCUCAAGGAGAGAGCGGAAGAAGAAUGAGACCUCGAGAACGAGCCCGAAGAGCAAUGCCAGCUCCUGAAGCCAACGCUGAGAAUCAAUCUAACAUUGAUAGGUUGCGUUUGAUUACGCACGCGAAUGCAAAGAGCAAAAGCGAGAAGUUUCCUCCACCACAUCAAGACGGGUCGCUCGGUUUUCAGGUGGGAUCGUCACGGCGAUUGGAUCCAUCAGAGAUACCGUAUAGUACAAACUCGUUUACUUCAUCUUACUCCAAAGAGCCAUUCCAGAGUUGGUCAGGGCCUUUGGCUCCCAUUGGAGCAUCUGACUCAUCCACAAGGAGAAGGAACGAUAUCAACAAGGAGAGGAGGAUGGCUUCUAAGGUUAAAGGCAAAAGAAUCGUUGUUUGAUAGAUUUUUUUCAUCUGAUAAUUUCGAAAGUUUCCUUUUUUGAUAGAGAUAUUUUGCGAAAAAAAAAAAAACCGAUUUUUCCUUUUUGGUGGGUUAUAUGUUUUUUAUUUUAUUGGGUUGAUUUGUGUAUUGUACAAGAGAAUUGACCUCAACAAAAAAAAAAAAA